AUGGUCACUGUCGAUGUCCGGGGAGUGCAGGUUAUGUUUCCCUUCCCUCCAUAUGAAUGUCAGUUAGCCUAUAUGGAGAAAGUAAUCGAAGCAAUCGAUAUGAAGUUUGAUGCUGCUUUGGAGUCUCCUACAGGCACAGGCAAGACAUUAUCCUUACUUUGUUCGACAUUAGGAUGGCUUCAGAAACAGAAAAUGAUGUUUCAAAUGUCAUUUGAAGAUGCGACACGAAUCGCUUCAGGCUCUGCUCCUACCCUCUCGUCAUUCCUUCCCCGGAUUUAUUACUGCUCUCGUACACACAGUCAGUUAUCACAGGUUGUUCGAGAGUUAAACAGGACCAUGUACAAAGAUAUUCGGACGACCGUACUCGGUUCACGUGAUCAGCUUUGCAUUCAUGAAAAGGUUACUAAGGAGCGAGAUAGCCGUAUAAAGACAGCGAUGUGUCGUAGCAUGGUUUCACGACGAACUUGUCACUACUACAAUAAUUGGGAUAGUAAGUUCUUAAUGGAUCUAACUUUGUUCUUUUCCAGGAUAUGUCCGUUCUUCCGGUGUCGUCAAAUGCAAGAAACAUCGGAGUUGAUUUUAUUGCCUUACAAUUACAUUAUCGAUCCACAAUUAAGAAAAAUUCAUAAGAUCGAUCUCAAUGGAAGUAUAGUCAUCUUUGAUGAAGCUCAUAAUUUGGAGAGCAUUUGCGAAGAGGUCGUUUCAGUGGAGAUUUCCUCUGUCAAUAUAUCCUUAGCAAUCACCGAGCUUAAAGAAGCUAUCCAGUGCUUACAGCAGGAAACUGAAGAAUUGAGGAAUGAACUGGUAUUACUUGAAUUAUGGUGUUUCCCGGUGACCGCCUUCUGGAAACCUUCGAAGGCGCUGGUUUUUCCUUCGACAAAGCGGAUGCUGUAUCGAAACUGCUUUCUGAUAUUACUGACUACCUUCAGCGCGAGAGUAGGUCGAUCGAUAAUCUCAACUUUAUUCUUAUAUAGUGCAAUUUUGUAUGUGGUUUCCCUUGUAGCUGAUGUGAAGCCAGCCUCGGCUGAACGAGGGAAGAAUCUCGAACUUUUGAGAAGUUUUAUUUCGGUUGUGUAUUUGAGUCUGUCCAAAGAAGCUGCACUCGCUAUCACGAGGGAAAAGUCUCCAUUUCGCGCUAUCAUCCUAUCAUUACAGACGGUUAUGAAAUUUUGGUGUUUCUCUUCUUCAAUAGCGAUGCGGGCACUUAAAAUGAAUGGGGUACGGAGCGUAAUUGUGACAAGCGGCACAUUAUCACCACUAGCCAAUUUUACACGAAAUAUUGGGCUCAUACAUACAUGCACAAACGUAAACCUACGCCCUGAUCUGUUAGGCAUGUGUGUAGAAGGGUUUACUGUUGUGAUACAACUGAUUACCUUCAGAAACGACAAGCAGUAUGCUGUAGGCAUUGCAGAAAGCAUCCUUUCACUAGCCAGUUCUGUUCCUCAAGGAAUCCUUGUCUUUUUCGCAUCAUACAGUCUGAUGAACAACCUUAUAUCAAAGUUCAAACAGCUUCCUUGCAAAAUGGGUCUUGCUAAAACGUUUUGGGAUUGCAUGGUCGAGGAAAAAGUGGUGGUGAUCGAACCGAAACAGAAAAAUUUGCUAGGAAAAGUGCGAUCCGAGUUCACCCAAGGUGUACGUUCUGGUCGGGGUGCUAUGUUUUUUGCGGUGUGUCGAGGAAAGGUUAGUGAAGGUAUCGAUUUCUCUGAUGCUGAUUCACGAGCUGUUUGUGUUGUUGGGAUACCGUAUCCACCGAUGAUGGAUGUGCGGAUAUGUCUUAAACGGCUUUACAUCAACGAAAUGGCUGCAGAGGAUAAAACGGCACAGUCUGCUGAUGAAUGGUAUGUGACGGAAGGUUAUAGAGCCGUGAAUCAGGCAGUAGGACGAGUUAUCCGGCAUGUUAAUGAUUUUGGCGUGGUAGCGUUACUGGAUGAAAGAAAUAUAAGCUUUAAAAAAGUAAAAUUAGGGGUGGACGAGAAUGGUUGGACGAAUUGUUUGAAUGGGGUGUGGUGCAGUAGGAACGAAAAUGUCGCGUCGCGACGAGAGAGACAGCGCGCGAAGGAAUGUAGGAGAGUGCAGCAGCAUCUGAGAAAUACAGGAACAAAAGAAGUAAUAGUAGAAUCAUGCCAAAAGUAA